AUCUAACCUUAAAAUUUCUAAUCUGAUUUCUACAGUUAACGUGCCGGUUGGUUUUAUAAGUGAAUUAAAAGUGACGUCUUCCCUUAAAUUACAUUCAAGUCAAGCUGUCCGUACACCUUUUCAGGGGUUUAUGAGGGACUAUCAAAAUUAUAAUUAGCAAAUCUGGAUGAGAACACAGAAAUUAUGAUUGCUGCCAAAGAUCCACAGGAGUUUGUUCCAAGUGGAAGGCAGCAACUGUCUUGGCAUCCCGGAACAGUGCAACUGUGCGGUGGCGAAGAGAGCAAUGCUGCUUUAUCGCCCGAGAUACUUCGGAGCGAAUUCGAAAAGGUGUCUAUCGCCGAAAACGAGCAAAAUGAGUGGUGGACAAUUAGAAAAUCGCCCAAUCAAAAAUAUGAGGAGUCGAAAAAGUCGAACGCAUGCGGUAAUAAUAAAAGCAUUUUGUGCGAUCCGUGCACUAAUGAGGGGGCGGAUAGCUCGUGGACUUGGAAAAGUGCAGAUCCGCAAAUAAUUAAUAAGAGACUGUCCGAUGUUCAAGGUUCGAAGAGACGGACCUUGGAUAACGAUAUCAACGAGUUUGUAAAGUUGUCGCACCUACAGUGUCAGAGUUUGGGCGUAAUGGAAGAAGAGUUGUAUAUUAAGGAUAAUGUGGCAAUUUGGAGUAAGGGAAUUGCAUCCACCGGGAAUUGUGGAAAGUUUGAUAGCUCUCGAAUUACGGUUUGUUCCUACUCAAGCCAAUAUCCAAUUACACACGCACAUUGGUGUACAUUUUAUUGUGAGCUGCCCACUUUUAAUUCUAAAAACAUAACGGUGCCAACUUCGGAGACAAUAGGUACACCAAUGCCUUGUGUGUGCAUUGUAGAUAAACAAAAUUUAAGAGUAUUUUCGAUUGAUAGUGAAGAUUUCGUUACCACUCUCCCUUUUACGGUGGGCAACUUUUGGAAUACUGCCUUUGGUAUAAUUUUGGAGCGCAAGAAAAAAACUAGGAAAUGCGAAGAUGAGGCUGGCCCUACUGUCUUUUCAAUGACACAUCCUCUGGACGAGGUCUCACCUGUGGCCAUUUUGCAUGGUACCAUUCGUCUAAUCGAAGAUCAUUCUUUAACCAUUUUAUUUACCUGCGAAAAACCAAGCAUAUGCAUGAUGUUUGAUUCGCAUACAAUGCAGCACAGCAUUUACGUCAUCAGGAAACUUCAUAAUGACGAAUGGACCGAGAUAUCUACAAAAAUGGGUAGCCAGAUGUCAUCAAUGCAUAAUCUCUCAAACAGACAAAAAAGCCAUGCGGCUGCAUGGGAGACCAGAGGAGACACUUCGUCUCCUUUUUCUAGCCGUCCAGCAAGUACUUUUCAUUUUCAUAGUAGUCAUCAGUCAAGAUCUCACAGCCCUAUGGCAGCCAUUAGUCGAUGUCAAUCUCCAACAGUAUCACCAUUACUUGGAAGUAAUCCGUGGUUCCCAAAGUCACGGUACAACACCUCUCAUCGCUUCGGCAGCAGCAAUAUUAGCAUGAUGUCCUCCACUUCCCACCUAGACGCAAAAGAAGAUUACUACCAUGUCAAUCCCUUACUUUGUUUCGAACACAUCUGGAGUGAUAAUUUAAUCGCAUCAGAUUGUUUAAACAUAGGUCCUGCCUCUAAAGUAUUUUUAAGUGACGAUCUAGUGGGUCGUUCGUAUCUAUGUUAUCUAAUACCAUUGCGUUCUCAAUUGUCGAUGGUUCGUAUGGAAACGACUAAUACGAAAUCAAUUGUAUUUGGUAUUUUAACGAGCGUAAGUGCCAAGGACGCCGUGCCAAUACCUCAUCUUCAUAUGAUGGCAAUUUUGGAACACACCGGCAGCAUUGUUUUAUAUUCAGGGCUGACUAUGGUUGGGAAGUUACAUGUAGGUGGCGUUUUAGCUCAGCAUAUUCCCUCUCCGCGUGCGCUUAGAACAUUCUCCCAAUUUAAUUCUCCAUUUCCAAAGCGCAGUACUUUAUUACCUCAGUAUGGUACACCGAAACCCGACCCUCAUUUUGACGAACAUCUCAUAUCCCCCGUGCUACCUACCAGUACACCGACGCAAUCAGAUUUGGCGUUAAUUUUAGAUCCGUAUAAAAACGCAGACUCCGAAAAAAUUCAACUAAAUGGUUUGCGCGAUCCAGUAGCCGACCGCAUAACACUCCAAUAUACUGACGGAACAUACUACCGAAUUACUUUACCGUCGAUGGCCGCCUUCACGCUUGUUGAGAACUGUCUAAACGCCCUGCGUCAAGUGCUAUCGAAAGAUUGUUCAAUUACGCUGCUAUCGCGAUGGUACGCCGUGCGAAAUGCUCCAGGACCAGACGAUUUCAACUUGGUGCAGGAAUGGGAGAUGUUCACAUCUUUAAUCUAUGAAUUACUGGGAUAUGAUAAUGAACAUGGUAAUGAGAUGCCAUGUGAUUCUCCAUUAAGCGUUGCAAAACGUCAACGGCAGUCAUCAGUAGGUUCCGACACAGAUUGGAAUUUCCUAUUAGACUCAAAACUUCACAAAUCGAAUUACAAGGCAAUAUCCAACUUAUUAAACCUCAAUGAAAUACCAUCCAAAUCUACAUUUGCAUCAGCUUCUGAGGUAAUGGUGAACAUUAAUUCCGUUUUAUUCCUCAGUAUACGGAUUAUACACUACACCUUACACUUGCUUUACGAAGAUUUCAAGCUUAACAUAACUCGCACUCAAGAGUUACCUCAUCUGGCGCAAUUGUUAAGUAAACUGUCCACCGAUUUAUCACUAAAACUCUAUGUCAUACAUUAUUGGAAAGAUUUCCCAAACCAUUGCUCUCCUUACAAUCCCAAGAGAAGUACAAUUAAGGAGAACUAUUUAAGGAACGUGAUUGUGUGGCCAAGUAUGCGUGAGAAUCCUGAUAGUGUUAUGGAGUAUGUUUACAGUUUGUUGAAGGGGGCGGAGACAUCUCCGUUUCCUUAUAUACCUAAUGUUAACGAGCGGACCAAAACUGUUGUAGAGUUAUGUGGCGUCUAUAUCAAAGGUACUAGUAGACCUGGAUCGGACAUAUGUAUAGACAGCUUCAUUAAUCACAUUUCCUUUAAAUCGCGUGUCGAUUCAUGCUCCACCCCUAAAUCUAAAAUAAUUCAUUCCCAUGAAAACAUCUUCGAAAAACUUGUUUUAUUAAUGACCGAAAUGGGUGUAACUAACAGAGACUUAGACACUUAUCCGAUUGGCAUUAAAUUGCUUUUCUACGGAGCGUUGUGGAAAUGUCGUGAAAGUCCUCCUGUCAAUUGGAGUCCGGAGGCUUACAAUUUAUUACAGAGAACAGACUUGGCAGCGCAAGCGGAGUUGAUAAAGAAGAGCAAGUUGCAAGCGAAUGUUAAGAAACAUAUUAUGACCAAUACCAAUUCGUUACCCGAGGUGAUACCUGCUAUAAAACAAGCCGAUGAAGCUGACAUGGAAGACGGAAUGGAGGAUAUUGAUAGCGCACUUUUAAAAUUACGUUUUCCGGAAGAUCAUCGGGUAGCUGAAACGCGGAGGCUCCUACAGAGCUCCAAACCUGUGUCAAUUGCUUUAGUGCAGCGACCAGAUGUUUCUGACCAUGAUUUUAUUGAAGAGCAAGAAAAGCACUUGUACGCAAUUUGUGCUCGGACAAUGUCUUUACCAAUUGGCAGAGGUAUGUUCACAUUACGAACAGCGACACCUGUUGUGACGGAACCAUUGCCGCUCCCUAAAUUAUGCCUAUUGGGCAAAGCUCCUCCGCAUGGCGUCACUGUGGAACUCGCCCACAUUGACUACCCACAAAAUAUGCAACAUUGGCCCUUAUUCCACAAUGGUGUCGCUAAUGGACUACGAAUACCACCUGACGCCCACAAUAUAGACUCGACAUGGAUUAUAUUCAAUAAACCCAAAAACACGACCGAAACCAAUUAUGAGCAUGCCGGGUUUCUAAUGGCUCUAGGACUGAACGGUCAUUUAACUAAUUUAACCAUAGUGAACACCUACAACUAUCUAAUAAAAGCGAACGAAAUGACUAGCAUUGGUAUACUACUAGGAUUAGCUUCCGCCAUGCGUGGUACUGCCAAUACCGUAAUAACAAAAAUGUUAAGUGUGCAUUUGGAAGCACUGCUACCACCCACAUCGAUGGAGCUUGAUAUUCCCCAAAAUUUGCAAGUAGCCGCCUUACUAGGUGUCGGUCUUGCUUACCAAGGAACUGCCCAUCGGCACAUUACUGAGGUUUUAAUCUCCGAAAUUGGACGUCCACCUGGUCCGGAAAUGGAAAAUAGCACUGAUCGAGAAUCGUAUUCGCUUGCUGCCGGAUUAGCUUUAGGUCUUGUCACUUUGCAGCAGGGCGGCAGACCAUCGGGUCUGUCUGAUUUGAACGUUCCCGAUACUUUGCAUUAUUAUAUGGUGGGCGGGAACAGAAGAGUUUUAGAAGGUAGUCAAAGAGAUAGGUAUAGAGUACCGUCCUUCCAAAUUCGUGAAGGUUCCAACGUGAAUUUAGAUGUAACUGCGCCCGGAGCUACGCUGGCCUUGGGAUUAAUGUAUUUAAGGAGCGAUAAUAAAAUUUUAGCCGAUUGGAUGGCGCCACCUACCACUCAGUACUUACUAGAUUUUGUUCGUCCUGAUUUCUUGAUGCUCAGGAUUUUGUCAAGGAGUUUAAUAAUGUGGAAUGACAUACGACCGAAUCGAGAUUGGAUAGAGAGUCAAGUGCCCGACACCAUUCGGCCUUUCUGUAUGGUAACUCCUAGCGCUUCAGAUAUUGAUUAUGAAGCCAUGAAUCAAGCUUAUUGUAAUAUAAUUGCGGGAGCGUGUUUCGCAAUCGGUUUAAAAUAUGCCGGAUCUGCCAAUUACGAAGCUUUCACUGCUUUGCUACAGUAUUGUCAUAUGUUUAUAUCCUUAACAUCAAAAUCGAUUGCGGAAUUAGCCGGCAAACCAACAAUUGAAACGUGUUUAAAUGUAUUGCUGGUUUCAACUUCGAUGGUUAUGGCAGGAACAGGAAAUUUGGAGAUUAUGCGUAUCGUACGCCAUUUACGUCGAAGAGUUGGCAUUUCCAGUAGUACCGUUGUUACAUAUGGAUCACACAUGGCAAUACAUAUGGCCUUGGGUCUGUUAUUCUUGGGAGGAGGACGUUUCACUUUAUCUAAUUCACCGGCCAGCGUAGCCGCUUUAAUUUGCGCCUUUUACCCCAAGUUCCCUACCCACAGCUGUGAUAACAGGUAUCAUUUGCAAGCGUUCCGACAUUUGUAUGUACUAGCAGUAGAGCCACGCCUCAUCAUUCCCAAAGAUGUCGGUACAAGCCGUAUAUGUUACGCAAGGUUGAAAGUCGUCAAUCUGGAUGGCAGCUUCGCUUAUUUAAGAGGACCAUGCAUUGUUCCCGAUUUAAAUUUCUUGUCAAAAGUUUCUGUGGAAGAUGAUAGGUAUUGGCGUGUGGAAUUUGAGCGAGGGCGCAACUGGGAACAACUAGAAAAAUUACUAUCUUCUUGCGGAAUUAUCGAAGUAAAACAAAGAGCUGGAUGUUUAAGUUACAUAGAGGAUAAAUUUGGAUUUCGCACUCAAUUGGCCAAGACAUUGACACAGUCUGAAACGGUUCCGUGGAAUCCUCCAGCUAAAGUUAUAACUUCAUUCUCAUCAGACACGGCCAUGCGUCUUUUUUGUGAGAAUUUCUUAAGUCCCAGUAGUUAUCUAACUGGGACAAUGGAAAGUAAAUUUAUGAAAUUGUUAACAAAGGCCACCUACGAGUGCGUCAUUAAAGACAAAGAAAUAAUUUUGGCAAUUGUAAUGGUGUUGCUCAGGACAAUCCAAGACUUUCGAAAUACAACCAGCACAUCACAACUUUGGCAGUUUAAGCUCAUAGCGCAACAAGUUCUCGAAAAUUCGCUUACAACUCAUCUUCUUUCCUGCGAGGUAAUGUUGUCUUUACAUCAAGAGCUUAUGGAAUUAAUGGGAGAGUAUGAAUCUGUGGUUAAAGGCGAAAUUGCAAACUAUGUAAUGGGAGGCCACACAAAUAGAAUAGAUCAAGAAACGGAAUUAGUUAGUUAUAUUACAUUCUACGAUAUACCGCAUGAUUUGCAACAUUUGCAGAAUUGUUCGGAGAUUAUUGAAGUACUAAGUUAUUUAUCUACAAGACGAUGUUCUGCACUAACAAUUACAAAGAUACUGAAUAUAUUAGGAUACACAAAGUAGAAAUGUUUAUACUAUAUUAAAGUGGUAAAGACUU